GCGGGGUUUUCCCAGGUUUAGGGACUUUACGCUGGAGUCUGGCGUAGUGUUUUUUCCCAAGUCCAAGUCCAAAUCUACCCUGGAACUGCAAACUAACGGGGUUUUACGGCACUUCUGAAGAUCUGGGCGCGAUCUUGAAGACUUUCCGUACUUGUUACGCGUUUGUGAGGUAGAACGGACAAAACUGAGCGCUAAAACGUCGAGGGUUUUGAUUCCGCCAUGUCAGACACAGCGCUGGAGUCGGUGGAAUUACCGGCGUCGCUCGUUAACGAGAUAAUUAACGGGGAGGACGGAGCGCCGGACAUAAGCCUGCUGCAGAAGAUGACGGGGAUGCAGCACGCCAUGAACGGAACUCCAGGAAUGCAGGGACAACCUUACCUACAGAUCACUGAACAGCCCAAAUCUCGCGGUUUCCGUUUCCGGUACGGCUGCGAGGGUCCGUCUCACGGAGGUAUCCCAGGGGUCCACAGUGAGAAGAACAGGAAAACAUACCCAUCAGUCAAGAUCGUAGGUUACCAAGGUUACGCCCGUAUCGUGGUGACCCUGAUGACCAAUGAGGACCAGCCGCGGCCGCACGCCCACUACCUGGUGGGGAAACAGUGUAACGAGGACGGAUUCUGUGUGGUGCAGGUUGGACCCAAGGACAUGUCUGCUACGUUCCCGAACCUUGGUGUCCUCCACGUGACGAAGAAGAACGUUCCGUCCAUCCUGGAGAAGAGGAAGAUGAAGGAGCUGGUCGCCGCGCGGCGCUGCCAGGAGACGGGGAAAAUCAUCCCCGACUUCGACAACCUGAACGAGGACGACAGUAACAAGUACAUCACAGAACAAGACAAGCGUCAGAUUGUGAAGGAGUCCCAGGAGCAGGCUAAGCAGAUGGACCUGAGCGCCGUGCGGGUUUGUUUCCAGGCUUUCCUGCAGGAUGAGAACGGGACGUACACACGGACACUACAACCGGUCAUCUCUGAUGCCGUGUUCGACAGCAAGGCCCCUAACGCGUCGACGCUGAAGAUCUGCCGGAUGGACCGGCACUCCGGCUGUGUGACAGGCGGGGACGAAGUCUUCCUGCUGUGUGACAAGGUGCAGAAAGAUGACAUCCAGGUGCGUUUCUAUGAGGAGGCGGAUGAUUCGACCAAUGGCGGGUCGGAGUGGGAGGCUUACGGAGACUUUGGGCCGGCAGACGUCCACAGACAGUUUGCGAUCGUGUUUAAGACGCCGCCGUACCACAACGUGGCGAUCGAGCGCCCGAUCAGCGUCCACGUCCAGCUGCGCAGAAAGUCAGACGGAGAACUCAGCGACCCCAAACCCUUCACCUAUCAGCCUCAGCAGUUCGACAAAGAAGAGAUCGGUAAGAAGAGGAAGAAGACUGUUCCACACUUCAACACGCACUUCGGUGGCGGGGGGCCGGGAGGGCCCACUGCCGGGGGAGGGGGGUUCGGACCUGGAAUGUAUGGGGGUGGUUUUGGGUUUGGCAGCACCAUCGGAGGCGGUGGAACGUUCCAUUUUGGAGGGGGUGGAGCCUUCCAGGCAUACGGGGGAGCGGGCGGCAUGAAGGACCAAGGUUCCGUGGAUCGACCAAUCAGGCAGCCCGAGGAGGACGAUGACCUGGUCGUCGACAGGGCCCCGCCCGACGACGAUGACCUCAUCACGGACUCCGCCCCGACGGAAGACUCCAUGGCAACAAGCCUGGCGCACAUCGGAGGGGAUGCCCAUGCUGGGCUGAAGGGGCAGUCUGUCAGCAUGGGGCCGCAACCAUGGAAACCCAGCGCCUUCACUAAACCUGCUCCUGCGGACAAACAGAAAGGUCCAGCAGAGACCAGCCGUGCUGCCCUGCAGUACGGAGACGUUGCCUGGCAGCUGGCGGAGAGGACAGCGAACGCGCUGCGUGAUUACGCCAUCACCGGCGACGUGCGAAUGCUUCUCGCCGUGCAGCGACAUCUCACAGCCGUGCAGGACGACGAAGGAGACACGUCGUUGCACCUGGCCAUCAUCCACAGUAACCCGCUGGUCGUUCAGAACCUGCUGCACGUGACCUUGACCCUGCCUGACCCCAGGGUCAUCAACCAGUACAACCACCUCAGACAGACUCCCCUGCACCUGGCGGUGAUUACCCAGCAGCCCCAGGUGGCUGACCUGCUGGUUCGCUGCGGAGCGAACCCCUGGCUCCCCGAUCGCCAUGGCAACUCAGCUGUGCACCUGGCCGCCAAGGCCGGAGAUGAGAAGAGUCUACAGGCCAUCCUGCGGAACAUCCCAGCCCAGGCACCCGGGGUCACCAACACUCCAGACAUCAACGCUCACAACUUUGAAGGGUUCACCCCUGUUCACCUGGCUGUGAUGGCGAGUAACCUUGGGGCGCUGAAGGAGCUGGUCAUGGCCAAGGUCGAGGUGAACGUUCCGGACGGGAAGAGCGGCCGGACGGCUCUGCAUCACGCCGUGGAGAACGAGAACCUCGCCAUCACGGGCUACCUCAUCCUCGAGGCGGGGGCGGACGUUGAUGCGCAGAAUUUUGAUGGGAACACUCCGCUGCACGUGGCGAGCGGCAGGGGCAUGCUGGGAAUGGCGGCCCUGCUCAUGGCGGCCGGCGCCGACCCCAGGCUCGAGAACUACGAGGCCAAGGACGAGGAGGACGAAGGUCAGGAGUCAGAGGUCACCGAGGCCAAGGGUCAGACUCCGCUGGACCUGGCAGCUUCAGAUGAGAUGAGAGACAUCCUGAGUGGGAAGCCGUACGUACCCAAACACCAGCGGCCCGACGUUCCGCACUUCACUCACACCAAAGGCACUGGGGACCUCGGCAGAUUGGACGGCUCGUUGCGGCUGUUCCUUUCCAAGGCACUGGACGAGGCGAACCCCGGACGGGACUGGGCGGCGCUGGCGGAGCGGCUGGGCCUCGGUAACCUUAGCAACGCCUUCAAGCUCCGCCCGAGCCCCACAACCGCUCUGCUGGAGAACUUCGAGAUGAUGGAUGGAACGGUUGCUAAGUUACGGGCAGGGCUGGAGGAGAUUGGCCGUCAUGACGCCAUCAGCAUCAUCGACGGAGCCGUGAAGGCCAAGCCUGAUGUUGCCAUGGCAACAGAACCAGUUACCAUGGCAACUGGACCAGCCUUGCUGGAGCCAGGGAAGGUCAGAGGUCACAUCACCAGCCCGACCUUUGACUCGGGGCUGGAACAGUCCAUUGUGUCCAUGCAGCUGUCCAGCGGGGGUGGCAGCCUCCCUGAGGGGAUGACAGACAUCGGGCACCACAAGGGGACGGGGCAGGCCGAGGCCACAGCGAGAGCAGCAGACGUUCACUAGUCCAGUCCACAGGCUAACAGUCACAUCCAGAACU